CUAGGAUUGGGCCAGCCGUUUGUGGCCGAUGUGGCACAUCAGCCUGUGUGUCCGUUUGGUUGCCGCCGUGUCCUCGGCUGUUGCUGUUGCUGCUAGUGAUGGGGUGGUCCUGGGUGGGGGUGUCUUGGGCGGGGGUGUCUUGGGUGGGGGUGGGGGGGAGUUGGGGGAGGGCAUGGUGGACAGGUAGUAGAGGUCGCUCUCUCUGUGGAGGGGGAUGGUCAGCUGGCCGAACUUGAUGCACGAGCGGGCUCCUUGGAGAUGUGUCGUGUAGUUGUACACGCGAUCGAGGGCUCCAGCAGACAGCAGGUUGACGGACAAGUCGGGCACGUACAGCACAUCGUGAGCUCCCAU